AUGUACCGAAGAAGACGGAUAGAUGCAAACUCCUUAUCAACAGGAGCAGCUGCUCCUUUUAAACCUCUACAACUUAAUAAAACAUCGCACGAACGCUUGGGAGAUACUGAAUGCUUGGAGAGUGUCCUAAGCAAGAAAUUCAAAAUAGAACAUACGCCAAAGAGGCAUCAAAGACAAUUGGCGGCGCUCUCUCAGAUAAAGUCAUUGCAAGAUUCAGAGAAGAAAAUAGAAUUACCAGAUGCUCCCAACUCGGCUAGAAAGACGUUCACAAUUCUAUGGCGGAAGUAUUCCACUAAGAAGAAUAAAACUUGGGAGGGAGAUGGCAUCCUGUUAAUAGACGAAAAUAAUAUUGCUAAGCUUAGAAAUGAGUCGGGCAAAUUAAUUGCACAAUCAAAAGUGAGUAAUGGAAUCAAGAUUGAUGACGUUAUUCGAGUCGGGUUUUUUGAGGUUCAGAUAGACUCGAUUAAAGCUGAUGAUGAUGAGGGUGAUAAAACCAAUGCAACACCCUGCUUAUCUCAGCCCCUACCAACAGUGUCACCCAGUCUGAAGAGUUCGAUGGCUCUAAUAGGAGGUUCCCGUAUGAAGUCAAACAUGACACCUCGCUUCGAUCCAACAGCACCUGGAGCCAUAGUUCUUCCACGGCCACGCCCAGAGCCGCUGGGAAAGACAAUAAUCGAUGUUGUCGUUGACCCUCUAAUAUCAUCAAAACUACGUCCACAUCAAGUUGAGGGUGUAAAAUUCUUGUACCAAUGCGUGAUGGGGAUGAACCACUAUGCUGGAAAAGGCGCACUUUUGGCGGAUGAAAUGGGUCUUGGUAAGACCCUCUUAACCAUUGCGCUACUAUGGACAUUGUUAAAGCAAAACCCUAUACGAGGGGAACCUCCAGUUCUGAAGAGGGUGCUGAUAGUCUGCCCUGUUACACUGAUAGCAAAUUGGCAGAAAGAAUUUAGAAAAUGGCUAGGACAGGACCGAAUAGGUGUAUUUGUGGCGGAUUCUAAAGCUAGAAUCAGAGAUUUCACAGGAAGUAAGGUUUACUCGGUAAUGAUUGUAGGCUAUGAAAAAGUUCGUACUCUGGUAGAAGAGCUAAAGUCUGUAAAAUUUGACAUUAUUGUUUGCGACGAGGGUCAUCGCCUGAAGAACGCAACCAAUAAAUCAAUCCAAGCAUUGGUGGCGCUAAACACAGAGAAAAAAAUAAUUCUUAGUGGCACACCAAUUCAAAAUGAUCUUGGUGAGUUUUUCGUUAUGAUUGAUUUCUUAAAUCCUGGAAUUUUAGGAACAUAUGGAAGCUUCAGAAAGAAUUUUGAGACCCCAAUUAUGAGAUCUCGACAGCCAGGUGCGCUGAAAAAUGAUGUCACUCUUGGCAAGCAAAAAUCUGAAGAACUGACACAGCUAACACAGAAAUUCAUUCUUCGUAGAACAGCAAGCACCUUGGAUAGAUACCUUCCACCCAAAACGGAGUCAGUUAUAUUCUGUUAUCCCACUGAUACACAGCUCCAAAUGUACAAACAAAUCCUUGAUUCCUCUGAGCUGAAGACAUAUUUGGGGAGUAAUGAUACGUCAGACCACUUACGAGCCAUUAGUCUAUUGAAGAAGAUAUGUAACUCAUCUUCACUAAUUCAGCACAAUGCUCAAGGUGAUGCUGCUAGCGUUUCUGCCUCCUUAAUUGCGAAAUCAGCAAAUCAGCUUCCACUACACAGCGGCAAGAUAAGAGCUCUCCUGCUAUUCUUAAAGUAUAUAUACAAUGACACCAAUGAGAAGGUUGUCAUUGUGUCCGGGUUCACGCAAACUUUAGAUAUGAUUGAAGUACUUCUUAACUACAACUCUAUGAGUUCUCUUCGUUUAGAUGGUUCCACUGCACAGAGCAAAAGGCAGAAAAUCGUUGACCAAUUUAAUCAAUCCGACCAGUCGUCUAGCUUUGCAUUCCUGCUUUCCAGUAGAAGCGGUGGAGUCGGUCUAAAUUUGGUCGGAGCCUCACGCCUAUUUUUAUUUGAUACCGAUUGGAAUCCAUCAAUAGACUUACAAGCAAUGGCAAGGAUUCAUAGAGAUGGACAGAAGAAACCUGUGUUCAUCUAUCGUUUGCUUUUGUGUGGCACAAUAGAUGAGAAAAUUUACCAGCGCCAAGUAACUAAACAGGGCCUAGCGGAUAGAUUUAUGAGCGUCGACAGUGAUAAAGAGGUAACUUCUGCCAAAGAUCCGGUCACUUUUGGUGACUCCAACAGCAGUGACACCUUCAGUGCGGAUGAUCUCCGGGACUUAUUUGUCUUACACCAGGAUACGCCCUGUAACACACACGACAUACUGGAGUGUGGCUGUCUUAAAAGCGAUGCUAGCCAGGACCCGGAAUAUUGUGAGGGAUCUACGGAUGCUUCUAUAUGCUCAAAUCAGAUAGAGCACAUUUCCAAUAUCGUUUACGAAGGAUCGGACUCGGACGAUGAUCUUGGUGGCUGGAUGUCCGCCAAGGCUGUCGCUCAAGAAGGUAUUCAUAUUCCAAGGGCUAUGAAAAAGAAAGAUAGGCUUAAGGGAUUAUUUGACUAUAGGCAUAUUGACGUUGCAUCCGACGUGUCUCCUAUUGAAGACAGCAUACUUCUCAAAAUAAUAUCACUAAGUCCUAACACUGUAUCAUUUGUCUUUACGAAGUCUACUGUCGUCAAUGAGAAUGCUAGUCAGGCGGUCGAGGAGGUCGAGGAUCCGCAACAUUGA